ACUCUAUCUAAUGUGAUGUAGGGUACCUGAACCAAAAUAGCAACAGUUGUAGCCUAAAUGUAAAUGGUCGUUGAUAUUAUAACUUUCCAUUGAGUAACAUAAACAAAGUGUGUUAUGUUUUCUUUUUGUCUGGAAAUAUGGUUGGUAAAGAUGACAUGGUGGACGCUGAAUUGCCAUCUCGUGAUGCAGCAAAAGAAUUUUAUGCCAAAUAUGAACCCAGAGAGGCUUUAGGAAGAGGGAUUAGCAGUAUAGUGAGACGAUGUGUAGAAAAAGAGACAGGAAGAGAAUUUGCUGUAAAAAUAAUUGAUAUAAGUGGGGAAAAGUCGGAAAUAUAUGAAGCAGACCUCACAAAAAAGGAUACUUUGAGGGAAAUUAACAUUCUUAAAAUGUGUAAAGGCCAUGAACAUAUUAUUGAACUUCAUGAUACCUUUGAAACACCUACCUUUAUAUUUCUUGUAUUUGAACUAUGCAAGCAAGGAGAACUUUUUGAUUACCUUACUCAAGUUGUAACAUUAUCAGAGAAACGUACCAGGAUUAUAAUGAGGCAGUUAAUAGAAGCUGUAGAUUUUAUACACAGUAAAGAUGUAGUGCACAGAGACUUAAAGCCAGAAAAUAUACUGCUAGAUGACAAUCUAAAUGUCAAGGUGUCUGACUUUGGGUUUGCAACAGUAUUAGGCCCUGGAGAAGAACUCACAGAGUUGUGUGGGACCCCGGGAUACCUAGCUCCAGAAGUGCUGGCUGUUUCUAUGUAUGAUAACGUUCCUGGGUAUGGCAUGGAGGUGGACAUGUGGGCCUGUGGGGUUAUUAUGUACACCUUACUGUGCGGGGCGCCACCUUUCUGGCAUCGAAAACAGAUGCAGAUGUUGAGAAUGAUCAUGCAGGCAAACUACACAUUUGGAAGCCCAGAAUGGGAUGAUGUUAGCCAGACAGCUAAAGAUCUGAUUUCAAACUUACUAAUGGUCAAUCCAAAACAACGAUUAUCAGCCGACCAGGCCCUGGCAUCUCCUUUCUUCAAGAGAGAGCUUAAACCACCAAAGCAAUUUUUCCCAAAGAGGACAUUUAGGGCUGCUGUUUUUUGUGUGAGAUUUUUCCAUAGACUUCGAUUCUUUUACUACAACCCCCCACCAAUACCAGUGGAUACUGUGAGAACUAAUCCAUAUAGCAUUAAAAACUUCCGCAAACUCAUUGAUAGCUGCACUUUUAAAAUGUAUGGACAUUGGGUCAAGAAAGGAGAUAAUCAAAACCGUGCAGCAUUAUUUGAACAUGUACAAAGAGAGGACUGGAGAAGCCAGAGUUCCUUCGAAAGUUCUUGAUAAUUUAUUGUCUGUGUAAUGGUUUUAAUGCAAUUAAGUUGCUGUAGAAGUACCUUUGAAUAUUAAUGUAGAAAAUCCACAAUGCCUUGCAUGUUGAGAACUUAAAAGAAUGUUAAUAAUUCUUUAGGUCCCAAGCUUUCCUUACCUAAAGACAAGAGACUUCACUUUCUUGUUUAUCUUUUUUUAGGUCACCUGAGUAAACUCAGGUGACCUAUUGCUAUCCGUUUUCAUCCGUCGUCGUCCAUUGUCGUCAGUCGUCCAUCGUGUGUUAACAUUUGAACAUUUUCAGCUUCUUCUCUGAAACUGCUGAACCAAUUUCAACCAAUUUUGGCAUAUAGCAUCUAUAAGUGAAGGGGAACAAAAAUUGUGAAUUUGAUGGUCCCUGCCCCCCUGGGAGCUAGGGUGGGGCUAUAAAGGUUAUAUAGUGAAAAUGAAUUAUUUCUAUGAAAAUCUUUGUGCCUGGGUAUUAAACCAAUGAACUAUGUACAUAAUUAUGAGGAGGAAGGAUGCCUCUUUGAGAUUUGUGAAUUUUAUGGCCCCUGGGUCAGGGCUUCUUGUGUUAGGGCAGGGGUUAAUGUUUAUAUAUUGAAAAUGCAUGAUUUCUUUGAAAAUCUUUUCCUUUGAUCCUGGGUAUUAUGCCAAUGAUAUAAGUACAUAUAUCUGAUGAAGAAAAUAUACUCUUCAAAAAUGGAUUAAUUUCCAGGGCCCUGGGUCAGAUGUAUUUGGAGGGGGGGGGGGGGUACAUAGUCUGAAAAUAAAUAAAUGCUUUGAAAUCUGCACUUCGGUAUUAAUCAACAAUUUAUGAUGAAAUAAAAUUCAUGAUAAAAUUUUGAAAAAUGUGGCCCCAGGGCCAGUGGUUCCUGUGGGAUGGGGUGAACAACUGGUUACAAAGUGGAAAUGCAUUUUCUCUUUGUUACUCUGAUCUACCUCUGGGUAUUAAGUAACCAAAGUAAGCAUGCUAAGUGUAUACAGUAAAACUCGUUUAGUACGAACACGGAUAUAGCGAAUUCACGGAUAUAGCGAAGUUAUCUUGGAUCCCCAGCUAUAUAAAUUUAACGAAUUCCUUAUACGGAUAUAACGAAUUACGGAUAAAGCGAAGUAAUUUCAUAGGUCCCAGUGACUUUGUUAUAACCGAGUUUUACUGUACUUAUGAUAUUAAGCAAUGGUGCCUCUUUCAAAAUUGUGAAUUUCUUGGCCUCUGGUUUAAAACACAAAUCAAAUUCAAUUGUUGGAAAGUUGUUACGGGAUACUCAGGUGACCUAUAAGGCCCUUGGGCCUCUUGUUUAGAUCCCAAAAAAAAGUUCAAGUGAAUUUUUCUUUUCACAUUUUAUGAGUUAAUAUCUUCCAUCUUUACCUCCAUAUCUCCUCCAGAGCCACUGGAUCAAUUUCAUCCAAACUUGACCUUUUAAAGAUCUUUGGUGAGAGGAUUUAAGUUAUGAAAUAUCUUCCAUAAGCCAGCAUUAAACUACCAUAAAGCCACCAUUAAGUGAUUGCUUAAAGAUGGUCUUUCAUCCAGUGAAAUUAAGCAAAAAAAAAUAUCAUGGAAAAUUUUCUUCUGGAGAACAGCAAGUAAAUGUUUAAUCAGUGUAAUAUAUAUUUUUGAAUGUUUUUGGUCAUUUCUUUGCCAUGUACAUGUACUGAUAUUUUUUUUUUAAAUGUCAUUAGUUAUAUAUGCUGACAAGACUCAUAACUCAAUAUUCUAUAUGUUGUGUUUUCAAAUUUUAUGUCCUUAGAAAUGUGUGCAUCCUUAUUAUGUCUUUAAAUAAUAUUUAAACUGGUGUGCAUGAAAGACAGAUGAGCCAUUGUGACAGGAAAGUUGAAUAACACAAAUGAAUACUGCAUGAAAAAAAUUAUUGAAUAAAUUUGAAAUGUAAUUUUUUUUCUAGAAUAAAUGAACAUUUUAUGACAAUUAAGAUUAGAUUGUGUUUAUUUGGGGUUGAUUGUAAAAAAAAUAUUCAAACAAUAUAUACAUACAAAAAAAAACUGAAUGUAAAUGUGUGGAAUUUAAGUUAUGCGCCACAGGGGCCUAAAAAUAUGUCAACCAAAAUGGUGACAUACCAUAUAUCUGUUGUUUUUUUUUCAUGAUUAUCUAUUUUUGGUUUUUCUGCAAUCAUUUUUAAUUUGCAAAAUAUAAAACACACAGAAAUUAUGUAAGCUAUAAUGUGACAUAAAACAUUACCAUUUUUGAAAAAAAUUUUAAAUCAUAAAAAAAUAACUUACACAAAAUAAAAACUGUACAAAUCUACCCCUUUUUACAAAAUUUUUAACACGCAAAAAAAACAGAUAUACGGUACUUUUCUGAUUUAUGGCUAUUCUUUUUCAAAAAAAGACAUUUUUAGCUCACCUGAGCUGAAGGCUCAAUUGAGCUUUUCUGAUCACAUUUUGUCCGGCGUCCAUCUAGCUGUACGUCUAGUUGUCUAGCUGUCUGUCUGUCUAUCUGUCUGUCUGUCUGUAAACUUUUCACAUUUUCAACUUCUUCUCAAAAACCGCUGGGCCAAUUUCAACCAAACUUGCCACAAAGCAUCCUUGGGUGAAGGGGAUUCAAAUUUGUUCAUAUGAAGGGCCACGCCCUCAUUUAAGGGGAGAUAAUUGGGAAUUAGUGAAAAUUUGGUGUCAUGAUUUAAAAAUCUUCUUCUCAAGAACCACUGUGCCAGGAAAGAUGAAAUUUAUGGGUAAACAUCCUCAGGUAGUGUAGAUUCAAAUUUGUUCAAAUCAUGACCCCUGAGGGUAGGUUUGGGGCCACAAAGGCCGAUCAAAGUUUUACAUAGAAAUAUAUAGGAAAAUUCUUUAAAAAUCUUCUUCUCAAGAAUAGCAAAGCCAUAAUUGAUCAUAUUUAUACUGAAGCAUCCUCAGGUAGUGUAGAUUCAAGUUUGUUCAAAUCAUGACCCCGGGGGAAGGGUGGGGCCAAAAUGGCCGACCAAAGAUUUACAUAGAAAUUUAUAGGAAAAUUUUUUUUUAAAUCUUCUCAGAAUUUAGAAUGAUGCUAGCCCGUGGGUUUUUUGUUCAUAACUCUUUAUGGCUAUGACAAGAUGAUUACUAUAUUAUAUUCACCUCUAACAUACUGAUAUUAAGAUGAGGAAAUAAUGUCGAAUAAACUGAAUGUUCAGCCUAUAUAUUUCAAUCAUGAAUUCAAUUUCAUGUAAUCAGACCUUAAAUAAUUGGCUAUAGAACAUUUAAUCAUGUAAAAAUAAAGGUACUAAAUCAACUGUUUCUUAACUGACAACUGGCAAGUCUGUCUGUAGUUUGUUGUUGGGGAAUGAGAAAACUUUUGCAAUUCAUUUUAGAUGUCUUUAUGGAUAAUUGUUAAGGUGAAGUUUAUUUUGUGUUCUAUGCAUUCUCUAUGUUUGUAAUUUAGAGUGUACUAUUAAAAAACACUUUCAGUGUCAA